GGUGGGAAUAGAACUUAUAAGGUUAGCAGUUUUAGAAAGACACAAUUUAUUUAAUAGUGUAGCAAUGGGAACGUCAUCCAAUAUAAUUCAUAUUAAGAGGCAAUUCACUGUGGAAGGAAGGAUAUGGGAGCCUCCAGUUAGAUCCCGCAUGAUUGAUGAUAGUAACUUAAGAAGAAUACCUGAUAAUGAUAGGAUUAGCAAUUUACCCGCAGAGUUGAUACAUUGUAUUUUAGCACAUCUGCCUAUUCAUGAUGUGGCAAGAACAAGUGUUUGGUCAAGACUGUGGAGGAAUUUAUGGAAAAUGCACCCCUUAUUAAUUCUUGAUCAGCAAUUUUUCUUGACAUUGAGAUUCAAGAAAACUAAGGACACAAUUUUAUCUGCAUUUUCAGCAGCCAUCAACAUGAUUCUUUUGUCCCACACCGGCCCCAUUUUAGUCUUUAAACUCUUUAUUCCACCAAACCUUGAUAUGUGUUACAUCCAUUUGUGGAUUAAGCACUUAUCCUUUAAGGGUAUUAGGACAUUAGUACUUUAUAACUCGGAAACUAGUCCCCUCUCGAGUCCCUCUCAUUUGUUUGAUUGUUCAGAGUUGAAUCAGGCAACACUUUCUAAGCAGACUUCCCAUUUUGAAUGCUUCGCUAAUCUGACUACAGUUUUCCUUGUUGAGAUUCCAAUUUCUGCUGGCAUGUCAUUUGGGACUCAACUCCAGAAAUUGUAUAUGGUAAAAUGUACAGGAAUUGAACAUCUGGCAUGCCAACUUACAAAGAAUGACAAUCUCAGAACACUUAGUAUCUAUCUAAGUGAUACAGUUGAUUUGGGAUGGAUCGAGUGCAUAAAAGAACUGGAAAGCUUUGGUCUUUUUUUACCUUCUGCAGAUUUCCACAUCAACAACUCUGUCUAUUUGACUGACCUUCUUAGUAAUAGCCCUAGAGUCAACACUCUUCAACUCAAUGGUUUCACCCUUGAGGUGUUGGGACGAGGUCCUUCUGUUUUGGAGGGGCUUACAAUGAAGAUGGUAAACCUUAAGAAUCUGAGCUUGUAUAGACUGGGAUAUAACAUGCGUCAGGUCUUGACAUGUCUUUGUCUGAUCAGAAAUCUUCCACGCUUGCAAGAUCUUUUCAUAGGACUGGAUCUUGAAGUGAAGAGCUCUGAUCUUGCAGAAUCGACAAUCGAACAUCAUUUGAAAUCACUAGAUUGGUCGGACGUGUUUCUUUACCAACUUGAAGCUGUUAAAAUAAGUGGUGUUGAUGGUUCAAGAUCCGCGCUACAUUUAAUAGAGCUUAUACUUGCAUCUGCCCCAUCGCUUAGAGUGAUGUCACUUUUCCGCAGCAAGACAGUAAGUGAUCCCAGAGAAAAGUUGAGAAUAGAACAGGAGCUGUGCCUGCUACCUAGAAAAUCCAAGGCUGCACAACUUUUCUGGAUAUAAUUUCUUUUCUUCUUAUAUAAUUUUUUUGGCACCUGAAAUCAGAAGGGUUGUUCGGGUAUUAGUGUCCUGGAGAUGUAUUAUAAACUACAAAAUCAAAGUUUGAAUCACUAAAAGGGAUAUCCUGGAAGCAAGUUAUCUUACUAAAUAAGAUGUUGGAGGAAGGUUAUCGAUUCCGAUCUUCGUUUUGAUUCACCAGCAUCUAUGUAUUGUUCUCUGGUAAGGGUACUUGAAGAGAACAUAUAUUCUAUGUUUUAGUCUUUUGAUGUCACUGGUUGCUUGAUUAAAAUUGA